UGGGUUUUGACAACACUCUACUAACUACAUCUACUAUAGCAGCAAGGCCUAUCGAUUUUUCAAACAAUAUAAAUACAAUGUACAUUUACUGUGAUGCUGUCCAAUACAAUAUCAUUGGAGAUGCUAAAGCUAAUAUACUAGCAUGCAUCCCAGCACCCCCACCAUCAGAUUUUGGACGUGUUGUAAUGAAAAGCUUCCAACCUGUUCAUUAUAUACCAGUUGCUCGUGAUUGUAUUGAUGCUAUCAAAAUUGAAAUUUUAGAUCAGUUUGGUCGUCCUAUGCAAUUUAAUUUUGGUACAACUAUUGUUACGUUACAUAUAAAAACAAUUGAUAAAUAA